AGUUAUCAUGUAUAAGUUGCGGUGUCCGCAGACAAAAGUAAGCAUGCCGUGCCAGUCGUGUCAGAAGCGCGCGUAUGUGGUGUAUUAGGUUCACGCGCUGAAGUACUAGGAGCCACGAUGUUGUUCCCAGCUUUUCCAGCAUUGUUGUUAGCCUCCCUAGCCUCUGUCGCCCGGGCUCAAUACCCGAACCCCGGCGCGUGCUCCGGGGAAUGCUUCACUCACGAUCCCGCUGUUGUGAAGCGCGCAGAUGGCAAGUAUUUCAGGUUCUCGACCUUGGACUUGAUCGGCAUCUCGACGGCGGACGACUUGUCGGGACCUUGGACGCAGAGCGGUAGCGUAAUCCAGGGCGCCAGCGUUAUUGAUAUGCCGGGGAACAAGGAGUUAUGGGCCCCCGACGUAGUUUAUAUUCGGGGUAUUUACUACUGCUUCUAUUCGGUAUCGACCUCUGGGAGUCACCAGUCGGCCAUCGGUUACGCGACUUCUACAACCAUGGAAUCCGGGUCUUGGAAUGAUCAGGGAAUUGUAGUAACCUCAUCAGAUACCAGCCCAUACAAUGCCAUCGACGGGAAUGUCGUCAACGGCACGGGUCCUAACGAAUGGUAUAUACAAUGGGGUUCAUAUUGGAAUAACAUCUACCAGGCAAGAGUAGCCAUCAACGGCGAGUACGUCUUCAGGUCGGGCAACGAACACCAGAUAGCGUACGAGCCAUCAGGAAACCACCAAAUGGAGGGCGCUUUCAUCUGGAAACGCGACACCCUCUGGUACCAAUUCCUGAGCAAAGGUAUCUGUUGCGUUUACCACCCGGACACAGACCCGAUCGACCAGGUCUAUCAUAUCACGGUCUGUCGAAGCGACAACCCGGCUGGCCCCUACGUAGACAAAGACGGCCGUGCCUGCACCGAUGGCGGCGGGACAACCGUGCUCGCUAGCCACGGAAACAUUUACGCUCCGGGUGGACAGGGAGUUUUCCACGACGACGCACAUGGCGACGUUCUCUACUACCACUAUCUGGAUCUCAACGUUGGUGUAGAUUAUCCUCAGUCUAAGUUUGGCUGGAAUGUUAUAAAUUGGGUUGACGGGUGGCCAACAGUAAUAUAGUCUUCUAGCAUAUAAUUUCGGCAUCUGGUAUUCUUGUAUAUUGUAUAUAUGAAGUUCCGAAUAUCUGACUUCCCCGAAAUGCUUUGAGAUGUUAUUUCUUACAUUGGUCAUUGGUUGAUUGCUUGAGAAAUAGACAUACUCAAAGGAGUCCUACUAAGGGACUACGCGUAUAUAUAACCAGGGUCAUUGUAAUUGGCGAGAUUAUAUGUUCGGGUCAUCUCUGAUAGAAAUAACCAACCGCGAUGACUCCUAGUAUUAGAUGGCCUAUAUCUUCUCUUAUACGUAGGUGAUUAC